GAUUCCGUAAAACACGUCAAGUCAUCAUAAAGGUAUAAAAAUAGUGAAAAGUUUGGUGCCGGCCACAGUAAAACAAUUCAACUCAUUUCUAUUAAAAAAAUUGUUUUUCGCGGUAUCGACUUUAAUUAGAAAGACUGAUACAAUGAAAUCGUCACUGAACAUUUUAGUAUUUUUAUCAUCAAUUGCAUUUUGCGUUUGUGCCGAUUCCAUAUCAAGCAUCGAAUUAAAUCGAGACAAUUUUGAAUCCGAAACUAAUGGAAAAAAUACAGUCGUCUUUUUCUAUUCGCCCAGCUGUGAAUUGAGCCAGCGUUUCUUCGCCAAAUUUAAUAAAUUAGCCGAGAAUAUCAAUGUCCGCGAUGACGUAAAACUUGUUCAUGUUGAUUGCGAAGCUGAUUCAGAGUUUUGUAAUUCAAAUGGCGUCAAAGGUUCGUCGGUAUUCUUCUACCCAGAAGACAAAGAACGUGUUCAAUUCAGCGGCGUCAAAUCGGAAGAAGGUCUAUCGAAAUUCUUGGUUAAAAAUUUGGGCGAUACCAUUUUGAGUAAUCUAUUGGAAGUUCCAGAAAAAUUGGACGCUUUGAACGAUUUGACUGAUGAGACAUUUGCCGAUCAUGUUGCUGUUGGAAAUCAUUUCAUCAAGUUUUAUGCACCAUGGUGCGGUCAUUGCCAGCGUCUUGAGCCUGGAUGGAAUGAAUUGGCCAACUCAUUGGAAUAUGAUCCAUCGGUAUCGAUUUCACGAAUCGAUUGUACUCAACACCGUCCGAUUUGCAAAGAUUUUGAUGUAAAAGGCUAUCCGACUUUGUUGUGGAUCGUCGACGGUAAAAAGGUUGAAAAAUACAGUGGACCACGAGCUGUUGAAGACUUUAAAAAAUACAUUGAAGCAAAAACAGCCAGCGAGAAGAAAGUUUCAGAUGAACAAGAGGCUAAAGUUGAAGAGAUUGCUGUCGUUCAAUUGACUGGCAACAAUUUCGUUCAUGGAAUCAAAAAAGGGGUUACAAUUGUUAAAUUCUUCGCUCCAUGGUGCGGCCACUGCAAACGCAUGGCAUCAACUUGGGAUGAGUUGGCCGGUAAAUUUGCAGGCAAAGAGGGUGCAAAAAUUGCCAAAGUCGAUUGUACACUGGAGGAGAACAAAGAGUUGUGCAAUGAGCAAGGAGUUGAUGGUUUCCCCACUGUUUUCCUCUACAAAGACGGUGAGAAAGUGGAAGAAUACAACGGAAGCCGUUCGUUGGAAGAUCUCUUCGAAUUUGUUAGCAAACAUGCACAAAUUCACGAUGAAUUCUAAAUUCAAGCCAAAAUAAGCAAUUCAUUUGUCAAAAAUGCAUUAGAUUAAACUAAAUGUUUUAAAGACGUAGCCGUACAUUUAGAUCAAUUAGGCAUUUGUAUAAGUUUUGCACAUUUUUUGUACAGAAAAACUUACCGAAACUUACAUUUAUUUGAAGUAUUUAUUUGUAAUUUUUUGUUUUGUGGCAAUAGUCCUUCUUCUUUAGUCAUCAGGACGAUUAAACAUUUUGUAACAGUAUAUACCUACGAAAAAUUA